AUGAUCACACAUGGUGUUGGAGUUUGGAAAGAGAUUUUAGAUGGAAUGGAAGAAGGUGAUAACACUUCUUAUGGUGUGAUUGUUAAUACUUUUGAAGAGCUGGAGCCAGCUUAUGUUAGAGACUACAAGAAGGUUAAGGCAGGUAAGGUAUGGAGCAUCGGACCGGUUUCCUUGUGCAACAAGGAAGAAGUGGACCUAGCUGAGAGGGGGAAUAAGGCUGCCAUUGAUCAAGAUGAGUGUGUUAGAUGGCUUGAUUCUAAAGAAGAAGGGUCAGUGCUAUACAUUUGCCUUGGAAGUAUAUGUAAUCUUCCUUUGUCUCAGCUCAAAGAGCUAGGGCUUGGCUUAGAGGAGUCUCAAAGACCUUUCAUAUGGGUCAUAAGAGGUUGGGAGAAGUAUGAUGAGUUACUUGAGUGGCUUUCAGAGAGUGGGUUUAAGGAAAGAAUCAAAGAAAGAGGUCUUCUCAUAAGAGGAUGGUCACCUCAAAUGCUUAUCCUUUCACAUCCUGCUGUGGGAGGAUUCUUGACACACUGUGGAUGGAACUCAACUCUUGAAGGAAUCACUUCAGGGGUUCCAUUGCUGACAUGGCCAUUGUUUGGAGACCAGUUCUGCAAUGAGAAACUGGCGGUUCAGGUGUUAAAAGUUGGUGUGAGAGCUGGUGUUGAAGAUUCAAUGAGAUGGGGAGAAGAGGAGAAGAUAGGAGUGUUGGUGGAUAAGGAAGGAGUGAAGAAGGCAGUGGAGGCAUUGAUGGGUGACAGUGAUGAAGCUAUAGAGAGAAGAGAAAGAGUCAAAGAGCUUGGAGAGUUAGCUCACAAGGCUGUUGAUGAAGGAGGCUCUUCUCAUUCCAACAUUACUUUACUCUUACAAGACAUAAUGCAACAAGCACAAAUCAAGAAUUAA